GUGAGAGAGGGAGAGAGGGAGCAGCUGAAGGCAGAGACAACUGGUGUGCACGGCUUUCCCAAGAGGAAAUGAAAAGAAAGAAGCUGAGCGAGGAGAGUGAAUGAGUGAGCGGGAGAGAGGAAGGGUGGGAGGGAGCAUGCCGGCUGGAGAGAGAGAGAGAGCAAGAGAGAGAAAGAGACGGAGUGAGAGAGAGAGAGAGUGCGAGGAAGAGAUUCUCACACUGGCUGUGUCCUAAUCCGAGUCCAUCUCCAAGAAGCAGCGGAGCAGAGUGUUGGUGAACUCGAGGUGCCGGUGGAGGUGGUGGUGGUGGUGGUGUGGUGCUGGGGGCACCGUCAGGGCAGACAGAGCAGGGGCUCCGGAGAGGAAAAGAAGAAGAAGAAAAAGAAGAGGAGGAGGAAGAGAGAGAGACAAAGUGGAUCAGAUCAACAGCAGCAGACUGAACACUGGAAAUGCCUGUCAGGUCUGAUUCUGUCACAUCCUCAGCCAAUCCGAGCCUUCGUUAACCACGGCAUCGGCGCGCGAUUGGGUGAAGGAUGGCAACCAUGCCGUUUGUCAGUGAGGGGAAGUGUGUGAGUGUGGAGUGGGAUUUCCUACAAGGACUACUGGCCAAGCCUCCCACACUGCCCUGUCUCCAGAACCUGCGUAAAGAGAAGUCUCGCAAUGCAGCUCGUUCACGGCGGGGGAAGGAGAAUUUCGAAUUCUUUGAGCUGGCCAAGAUGCUGCCUCUGCCUGGCGCCAUCACCAGCCAGCUGGACAAGGCCUCAGUCAUCCGGCUGACCAUCAGCUACCUCCACAUGCGCACCUUUGCCAGCCAGGGAGACCCGCCCUGGAGCCCUCUGAUGGAGGGAGACAGCAACUGCAGCAAAGUAAGACGAUCGUCUCAUUCUCUGGCUACUGACAUGUUUGAGCAGCACCUAGGGGCGCACCUCCUGCAGUCUCUGGAUGGCUUUGUGUUCGUGGUCAGUCAUGAGGGACGGUUCCUCUACAUCUCAGAGACAGUUUCUAUCUACCUGGGACUCUCACAGGUGGAGCUGACCGGCAGCAGUGUGUUUGACUACAUCCACCCAGCGGACCACGUCGAGAUGGCAGAGCGGCUGGGAAUCAGGCCGCAUCUGAGGGCCGAGGCCGGCUGUCUCACAGCCCCUGAGAGCGCUUCCAGCUCCGCAUCCACGUCCUCCCUGGCUGGCACCCCUGAACCCGCUCCGUCUAGUCCUCAUUCUCCUGCUGACGAUCCUCCCGAUCGCGGCUUCUUCAUCCGCAUGAAGUCCACGCUUACCAAAAGAGGCCUGCACGUCAAGUCUUCUGGAUACAAGGUAAUCCAUGUGACAGGACGAAUCCGCUGCCGCCCUGCACUCGUGCCGGGCUCAACGCGUUCCGUGCGUCGACCGAUGGGAUUGGUUGCUCUGGCGCACACACUCCCGCCCUCCACGCUUAAUGAAGUGCGCAUGGAGAGCCAAAUGUUUGUCUUCCGAGUGAACAUGGACCUACAGGUCACAUAUUGUGAGAACAGGAUCUCAGAGUAUAUGGAUCUGACCCCAGCAGAGGUUGUUGGACAAACCUGUUACCACUUCAUUCACGUAGAAGACCUGGAAAACCUCCGGCAGAGCCAUGAGGACUUACUGAGGAAAGGCCAGGUGGUGACCGGUUACUACCGUUGGCUCCAGAGGAGAGGAGGCUACCUGUGGAUCCAGUCCACCGCCACUGUUUCCAUCAACCACAAAGCCCCCCACGAACGCAACGUCAUCUGGGUCAACUAUGUCCUGAGUCGAACAGAGCUGCCCGACACUCCCCUGGAUCUACUGCAGCUACCAGAGAACAUAAGAGCAGAACGGCUUCGAGUUAGUUCGACCCCCACCGACGGCUCCCCACAAGCCCGUGGCUCGCAACCAGUGAAGAGCUCAGUGGGGAAGAAUGACCUAGACACUAAAGGCAGAGAUAAAUUCACGGCCGCGUCCAUCCAAACAGAGGACAGGAGGAAGCGCCUGCUGAGGUCUGACCCUGAGGGUGCUCCUCCCGAAACCCGCCGCAGACUGGAGGAGCUCCGUCACGCAGAGGAGAGUGUAUCAGCGUCCUCUGACCUGGCGAGCGAAAGCGAGGGGGAGGAGGAGGAAGAGACAGAGUGGGACCAAGGGGGGGACAGUGAGAGAUUGAAACAGGAAGAUGGGGGGGGGGGAGGUAAACAGAGUAGGGGGGGAGACACUCCGACUAGAAGUGAGAGGGGCGGAAGGGUGCACAACGGCCGGGCUGUGAUCCAGCAGCUGAAGAGCGUAGUGACCCUGUCUCCCCUGCCUGGCAGCCCCAGCAUCAAGACUGAACACGAAGCCCUGACCACCGGGGGGCGCUGGGGGUCACACACACAAACCUCCACCUCACACACACACACCACCCAGCCCCAACCCUCCCAUGCACACACACCCUCCAGCAGCCUCAAUGGCGACAGCCCCACCACCCCUAUCCCCGACUCUUCUUCCAGCAGCGAGGCCCCCCCAAAGGGUCUGUUCACUCCCCCGUCCCCGGCUUUGUCCCCCGCCAUGUCUGUGUCCUCCCCUCUGCCCCGGGAUGAGAGGGCCGUGUCGGUCAGUCGGAGCAGUGGCGGUGCAGGUGGAGGUCCUGAUUUUGAGCUGCUCCAGAGACUGGCUGCAGGCGGCGCAGCAGGGCGGGUCCUCUUCCACCCCCUCGCCCUGGGCCCGCAGGGCCCUCAGAGCCUCUACGCUCCCAGCACUAUCCGCUACGCUCCACCUGAGCUACCCCCCUCCCACCACCACAGCGUGGGACACAGCGAUGGCCUGCAGCUACGCUCAGACCACCACAAAGGACCCCCGCCAGCCUUCUUCCCCCACCUACAGCGGUUGGCCGGCUUGCCACCCUUCAGUGGUUUCUCCCCGUCUGACAGCCCUUUCUCCUCCGGCCUGCCCUUCUGUAUGAAUGGACUGAGGGGGGCUGCAGGCUCCGAGGAGGACUGAGACUCAGAGGGGAGGAGGUGAGAGGAGGAGAUAAAAAUGAAGGACGGAGCGGAGUGACAGACCAGAAAGAGAGACAUUGAAAAGGGCAGGAGAGACAGAAGUGGCAGGACAUUAAGCCUCUAAGGACGUUACUAAUUGGACAAUGAGUUGAAUAACCGCAAUCUAAAAUAUGUGACAAGUCGCUGCCACGGGGAAUUAUUGUGUCUGCCUGUUGUGGACAAGUGACAGUGACUCUUGGAGAAAACAGGACAUAGAAACUUUUGACUGGUUGUCCCUCAAGACUUUCCAUCUCUACAACAAUAAUGAACUCUGCUCUGUGUCUUUCUCUAGAUGACUGUGUUGAUUUCUGUGUCUCUUCCACUCAGAGAAGCCAUAUUGUAUAUAGAGACAAAACCAUAAAGACCCUCAGCUCACGUCCUCCUCACUGUCACUCCAAUUAACCCAAUUAACCCUAAAGCCAGUAGACAGAGAUGGACACUUGUCUGUAGGAAUGAAAGUGACUUUGGAAUAUACAUUUUUAUUAUUGCAGUAUUAUAAAAACGUCUCUUACACGGAGAUCCAGGUGAGAAUUUGAUUAUUAUUAUUAUAUAAGGUUUCCCUUAAAAUAGAAGCAGACAGCCCUCUGGUGUUUUUGUAUUGAGAUUCAAAAUAAUAAUAGUAAAACAAAUCAAAGUAUUCAUCAGUCAGCCGUACUUAAAGCACACUGUUGGGGCAAAAAUAUGAAUAAUGUAGUCCCGUACAUUCCAUUAUAUAUAAGGGAAGAAAAUGCAAUGCAGACAGGACGCUAAAUCUGUUUUUGAUUAUAGAAAGGUAAUUUGUUUAACUGAGAAUGAUAGUAUAUUCUGUAUGAUGCUGCGGUUGUUUGUGUAUGAAAGGUUUUUUUGAUUGGUUUAAGAUUUUUUUUAUCCCAUCUAAAACAGAUGGACGGAUGGUGUGAAAAAUGUGUCUAAACAUACUAAAUAGCAUUGUUUUAUUGGAUGUACAAUAUCAUCCAAAAAUACUUUUUUUAUUAUUCUCUAAAAAGAUAUUUCUGAAAAUUAUUUAGGAGUGGAAAUGGUGCUGGAAAGAAGUGUUGUCAUUUAAACCUCUGUUUUUCUGAGCACUUACUGAAAUUUGUUCUGGUGUGAACUCAAAGCACUUCAUCACUUAACACUCACUGUGUGAACCUGUUAAAACAGAAAACAAUGGAAUGAAGGUCACUAAUAUAUCAUAUCAGCCUGAUCACAGUGUGGUAGAGGGGAUAAAUGGUCAUUUAAAAAGGCAGAUAAAUAAACAGACCACAUGUGGUCAUUAAAAGGCGACCAUUGGAGGUCAAUAAAAAUAACCAGAAUUAAUCUGAUAUUGGUUUCAGUUCAAUUUAGUCAACUGAAAAUAAAGUUUUAAAUUAAAAAGUGGAAAUAUAAAACACUUUAAAUUUCUGUUUCAUGCUGAUUGGUUGGGAUUCCUCUCAGGACUGAAAGAAAAAAACACUUUUUGUAUGAAAAAAUAAAAUGAAAUUCGUGCUCAGAAUAUUUCAAACAAUUUGGUGGUCAUCUAAAAGACACUCAGACUAUUGAGAAUCUUUAUUCCACAGUGUAACGGAACAUUUGAAAAUGUGACCGUUUUUGACAAAUUGUUGCUGUCAAUUCAACCGCAUUAUUACAUUUUAUUUAAACAAUAAUGACCAGUGAUUCUCAGACAUAAACUCAGAAAUAAACAUCAGAUAAAGCACUUAUAGUCCUUUGAUCUAUCAUGUGAUUAAAGUCUUCAUAAUGAUGCCAUGAUGCCAGACACUGUAUGUACAUUGUUUUUGUUUUCCUGGUCGACUGUCUGAUCUGAGGGCUCAGUUUCUCUGAUGUUCUGAUGUCUGAAAGAAAAAUGUGGUUGGGGUGGGGGGUCUAAUUGUUCAGAUCACUGUAGCUGUCACAUACAAAUAUGUGUGAGCACACAUAUUCUCGGUGGUAUAAUGUGUGCGUGCGAUUGUGUGCGUGCGCGCUCUCUUGUACAAGUGUGUAUGUUUUUUUGUUUUUUUUGGUUGGUUGAAUUAAAUAGCUAACCCCUUGCCCAUCACUGUGAAGCUAACGUUAUCCUCCCAUCUUUGUGAAUACUCCACCUACUCAUCAAAUAAAAUGAACAAAUGUAAAAAGAAACAGUGAUACAGAUGACGAUAACAAUAAAAUAUUCCAGUAGAGGA